AUGUACGACAUACCUAAUAUGCAGCGGCACUCCAGCUACACCUACCCGCAGUAUGCGGCUGCUCCUCCUCAGAAGCACUACCCGACAGCACACAGCACCAGCAGUGCAUUCAGCGCCAGUGCAAACCCCAACGAGGACUGGACGAAGAUCUCAGACCUUGCCGAGCGAAGAAGGAUACAGAACCGCAUUGCCCAGCGGAAUUAUCGCAAGAAGCUGAAGAAGCGCCUAGAAGAUCUUGAGAGAAGAGCAGGCUCCAGCUCCGCUUCUCCAGAGCAAAGGCACGAGGAACUGCCUCAAUCGGAUGGACUGUCGCCAGCCCAUGCUCUCGGCGGUAUCCAACGCCAACGAUCAAACAGCAGCAGGAUCAGUCGAGAACGAACGCCGGAAGCCCUCACGCAGCAGUACGUGCUGCCCUCGGACGAUCGAUCGAUGUUCUCUCAACAAUACACGCGACAACUGUCCACGUCGCCUCCACCAUUCUCGUACGCUUCCAUGCCGUCUACGGAAACUGUCAGCUACUCCACCUACCCAGCCCCGGCAUCGUAUUGCGCCGUUCCACCCAACGCCGCCGAUAUGGCCAUCUAUCAGCAAUACUCAAUUGGAAUGCAACAGACAUACGCUGUCCCGAGCAUAACAUCACGACCUAUAAAGCAGGAGUUCUACGGUGAUGAUGAAAUCAACCCAUUCAGCAUGUCUUAUGCUGCAAUCAAUGAGAUGCCGUCGUAUCAAGACAUUCCUCCUUAUACACCACCACUCUCGGACUCGUCUUCCGAGCACUGGCAGGCUGGAUCUCCACCAGACUAUCCGCGAACACCGGGCUCGCUUCGCAGCACUCCACCUUUGUCCAUCUAG